UCCCCUCACUCUCUCCCACGUCCCUCUCUUGCUCUUUUUCUUCCACCUGGUUUCACCACCUCAAAAACCACCGCCCCCUUUCAGAAACAAAGAGUGAAAGCUAGAAAGAAAAGCGUAUCAAGGAGAGGAAGAGGAAGAAGAAGAAGGAAGCAAAGAGGGUGCUGCCAAUUUCCGUCCAGCAGCAGGACAGCCUGUGAGAAGGACGAUUUCGGACAAUCAAGCCGUUGGAUCGUCCUGAGAUUUGUAGGUUGGGUUUCAUACUUCUUUGGAUACGAUUUGACCGUUGGGAUCAUCGAUAUGAUCUCUGGUUCAUCGAGGAAAGUCGCUGGACAGAAGGGGUGCGAUACUGUUUUUCUGUAG